AUUUAUUAAAGGUGAAAGCAAAUUUACAUACUAAUGAGACAGAUGUUUAUUUCUUUUUACAUAAAGAAUUGAAUAAGUGAGUCAGUCAGUGAAUAAAAAUUUAUCAAAUACCUACUAUAGAGAGCCAUCUCUGGAUACAAGAGAGUUAUCCCUAGCAAACGAACAGACUCCAAGAACAGGGCUUCCAGGUCCUUUGGUCCCAGGAACUGUGAGGUACCUUUGUCACAUGUAGCUAGAGAUGGGCUUCAUUAUCAUUGUUCUCUAGGUCUGAGUCCAUCCUUCACAUGGACCCCAUUUAUUUAUGGGAGAAUACAUCCCAGCUCACCGAGCCCAUGUUUUAUAACAACUGUUUUUAUCAUCUAUAUUACUAAAUGUCUUUGUAAGAGCUAAUUAUGUAUGCUAGCUGAUUAAUAAUGGAAAGCACACUGAAGGGAGGCAGUGAGUUGCAGGAAAAAUGUGCCCUGAAUUUGAAGUUAGAAAUUCUGGGUUCAAAUCUUAGUUCUUCCAUUACUACCUAUGUGAUGCAGUGGUUAGAGAGUUGGGCCUGGUGUAUGGAAGAACUGAGCUCAAAUGUGGUCUCAGAUACUUAGUAGUAUGAUCCUGGGCCAGUAACUUUACCCCUGUUUGCCUCAGUUUCCUCAUCUCCAAAAUAGGGAGAAUAAUAGCAGCUAUUUCCCAGGGUUUUGGUGAGGAUCAAAUGAGAAAAUAAUUGGAAAGUGUUUUUCAUAGUGCCCCCCACAUAGAAAUCACUAUUCAAAUGUUAGUUACUAUUAUUAUUAUCUGCUAGAUGAGCAGUGGAUUUGGAAUCAGAUAGAUUUAAUGUUCAACUCCAAUCUGAGGCUCAUAAUAGUUGUGUAACUCUGAGCAAAUUACUUAACUCUCUUGCCUCCAUUUCUUUAUCUGUAAAAUGGGAAUAAUGCUAAUACCAAACUCCCAGGACUGUUGUGGGGACCAAAUGAGAAUAUAUUUGUGAAGUGCAUAGUUCAGUGCUUACUUUUUUGUUUCUCUUGUCUGUGAAAGGAAAGACUAAACUCUUAAUUCUUUUCCUAUUCUAAAUCUAAGUGCAGAGUCCUGUGUUAGAUUAUAGGGUAGAUAUAAAGGCCUAGUAGGCUGGAACUUGGUAGUGGGAGAAAACGAAUACUUCAGGGACACAUUAUUUUAUCUUUUCACUGAUUUAGAUAGAAAUUUCACUACUCUUUUUAUGAGAGGCUGUAGUGGGGAAAAAAAUUAAUCUUCACAUGGCUAAACCUCUAGUCAUAAGAGACACCGUUUCCAUUACUGAUCCUGUGCUUUUUAAGUCUUUUCAUAUUUGUAGCAGGAAGUUGUGUUCCAAAAGCAUUGCUUCUGAGGAUCUAGGAUUCCCUUUGUGCUGUGAUAAGGACUCUAAGGACAAAUAACUAUAAAGAUAAUAAUAAUCAACAAAUAAUAAAUUAUAUUUAUGCAGUGCUUUAGGAGUUUAUAAAGCAUUUAAAGUAGAAAAGCUAUUUUCCUCACCCAGUCCUGUUGGAUAGCAAGUAAAAGGAUUAGUAUCUCCAUUUUACAAUUGAAGAAAAUGAAACUCAGAGAUGUUAUGACAUCUCUGAGUCAGUAAAGUAUCAAUGUCAGAUGUCUAAAACAAAGGUCCUGGGAAUCUAAACACAGUGCUUUUUUUUCUAGACUGGGGGACUCCCAACUGGACUCUGAAAUCCACAGCCUCAUUUCCUGGGUGAUUGUGAGGCAGAAAUUCAGCUCUAAUCCCUAUAGGAAGGAAGCCCAAAUCAAAUAGUAAAGCAGGGAAUUGAAACACACUUGUAUAACAAAUGUCAGGCAAAACCAGGUAGGUAAGUCCUCUACAAACAAAUGAGAAGGCUCUUUCUUGAACUUAUGAAGGGUCAAUAGGGGAAAGAAAAACAUUCUCCCUAGGGAAUUCGUCAUUAAGAUCAAGGUGUCAAAUACAAGGCCCAUGUAUGAGUAUAGGGGAAACUGAUCCAAAUGAGUUAGGAAAUAACAACAAAAAAGAAAAUACAAUAAAACUGACAAUAUUAUAUUUUAAAACUAAGUCAAUAUACAGCCCUUCUAGUUGACUCUAAUAAGAUAGUCAAAUACUGGGCCAACUCCUAAGUGCAACUCAGACCAGAUUAAAAUGUCAUUGGAAGGCUCAAUGUAAUUGAAAUCUAAGACAAGGGUGGUGUUCUUAAUCUGGAAUUCAGAACAAUUUAUUUCCUUUGUAAUGUUAUGUCUUUUAUUUUAUGCAUUUAAAAAUAUAAUUCCAAAAAGGGGUCCACAGCUUCAUUAGGCUCCAAAGGGGGUCAAGAACCCUAUUCCAAGAUAUGAGAAAGUUGUCUAAUCUGUAUUGUGUCCCUCAAUCUGGGCAUCCACAGCUGUCAUUGCUGAAGUUCUACUUCCCUUUACCAUUGUGGAAGACCCUUCUCUGCUACUGCUACCUCUUUUUUUCCUUCCACUGAAGCUCUGCCCCAAGUUAUCAUCCCUGUGAUAAAUUACAUUUGUAUAAUCUUAAACUUUGAAAAGUGCUCUUUAUAAUGUCAUCUUAUCUAAGGAAUAGAUAGAUUGAUUUUGGGACUCGGUACAACAGAUAUGUUCUGAAACUGAAAUUCAUCAGGUUUGAGUGACUUGGCCAUGGGCACAUAGCAAGUAAAUAUUUGAGGAAGGAGGGGCCGGUUUGCUCCUGAGAUGACCACUCUUGUCAUUGUUAUUAUUGUGACAGUCAGAUAUCAAUCAAAUUCUUCCUGCCAACCUUUCAUGGACUCAGAGCUCUGCUUCAAAGUAGCUAAAAGGGCUGCUUAGGGUUUAUUUCCGUCAUGCUCCUUCUAGACAGAUGGCUCCCUUUCCCCGGGGCUCACCUCCAUCCAGGUGAAUGGUUUUCUUUGACUUUACUCCACUCUCAGAGGGAAGGUGUUAGUUGCUUCCUCACACCAUCUAUGCUCACAGGCCAUAUCCUUUUUUUUUUUUUUUUUUUUUAAUUAAAGCUUUUUAUUUUCAAAACAUAUACAUGGAUAAUUUUCAACAUUCGCCCUUGCAAAACUCUGUUCCAAUUUUUUUCUCUCUCUUCCCCACACAUCCUAGAUGGCAAGCAAUCCAAUAUAAACCAAUUCUUCUAUACAUAUUUCCACAAAUAUCAUGUUGGAAAAAAAAAUCAGAUCAAAAAGGAAAAAAAAUGAGAAGGAAAACAAAAAUGCAAGCAAACAGUAACAAAAAAAGUGAAAAUGCUAUGUUGGGAUUUGCACUCAGUUCCCACAAAGAGAUCUGGGUGCAUAUCUCUAUCACAAGAUCACUGGAACUGGUCACAAGCCGUAUCUCUCUGAGGUUGCGAUAAACACAUAAAUCCCUCCUAUCAUUUCCUGCGUAUAUUUCAACAAUGGCUCUGCCACAUUAAGAAGGCAACAGAAUAAAGAGAUAGGGAGUGGUGAUGGAGAGCAUUUGCUUCUACAAGGAGUCCUAAUACGGCAGCUUUUAACUCUUUUACACGCUCCUCCCCCCCAAAAUACAUCAAUUAGCCAAUCAAUAAUUGAUCACCUCUUUCAAGGCAGGCUACGCUCGAGGAUCCAAGAGGAAACGAGUCUCUGCCCUCAAUGAGUUUACAAUCUAAAUAGAAACAAGCUAGCUGCAGGGUAGUGAAGGCAGCAAACCCAGAUACUGUGGUACAAUGCCUACUCUCCUGUCCCACGUGACACGGGUGCUCGUGCCCAUCUCAGUUACACACCCAAGGGCUGGCGCAAAGGCAAGCCUUAAUUGUUGCGCUGAAUUGGGCUGCUUCCAAACGCAGGAGAGCUUUUUGGGCAGGAAGACUCCGGCUAAAGAACUGCAUCCCGCAGGAGUAGACCCGGGUUCCAAGCCUGGUUUUGUGCCAAUGCAACUUGUUGAGCCUCAGUUUCCACGGAUGUGUGCCCUGGGAACUCCGGCACCAGCCCUAGAUGCCUCAGGGGAUUAUUAGGUGGCCUCGAGCUCUCGGGAGAGAAGGGAGACUUGAAGACAGAUUUGGCUUAGUCUCUUCCAGGGGCUGAGGAAUAGACAAAAUAGACAAAAAGAGUCCCUCUUCACCCGGGUACCUCUUAACCUGUCUUGACGUAGGAGAUCGAAGUUCAACCUACAUUGGCAGCGGCCAGCGCUACAGUAAGGCUCCGUCCCGGAGGGGGUGGGCGGGGCCUAGACCUGGCUCUCCUCUCUGAUUGGUGGCCGCAGUUUCAGCUUCGCUGUCACUCUCCCCGGCGCCCCCUCUCGUCAGUGUCAGUGCCUCCUCCCGGCUCAACCCCGCGCCGAGGGCCGCUUCCCGUCGCGGGGGCUGCCGGGACAGUUCCAAGAUGGCGGCGACGCUCCGCGCCGUCCCGGGUCUUUGCCAAGUGUUCCAUUCAUUUCCCCGCUGCUGACCUGGUCCAGGGAAAGGCGGGAGAGGCUGAGGGUCAGCGGGGAGAGCGCAGGAGCCACGUCGGGCCCGGGGCUGGCGCUGGGAGCUGCGAGGCCUCCCGCUGACCGGCCACCAUGGCCACCCUGGAGAAGCUGAUGAAGGCAUUCGAGUCCCUUAAGUCCUUCCAACAGCAACAGCAGCCCCCGCCGCCGCCGGCGCAGCCUCCACAGCCACCCCAGGCGCAGCCUCCCCAGCAGCCGUCGCAGCAGCAGCCCCAGCAGCCGCCGCCGCCGCCGCCGCCGCCGCAACCCGGGCCGUCCGGGGUGGAGGAGCCGGCUCACCGACCAAAGAAAGAACUUUCAACUACUAAGAAAGACCGAGUUAAUCAUUGCCUGACAAUAUGUGAAAACAUAGUGGCUCAGUCUCUCAGAAAUUCUCCAGAAUUUCAGAAACUUUUAGGCAUUGCUAUGGAACUCUUUCUUCUGUGCAGUGAUGAUGCAGAAUCAGAUGUCAGAAUGGUAGCUGAUGAAUGUCUCAAUAAAGUUAUAAAAGCUUUGAUGGAAUCCAAUCUUCCCAGGUUACAGUUAGAACUCUACAAGGAAAUAAAAAAGAAUGGUGCUUCUCGCAGCCUGAGAGCUGCCCUUUGGAGGUUUGCUGAACUUGCCCAUCUGGUUCGACCUCAAAAAUGCAGACCAUAUUUGGUAAAUCUUUUGCCUUGUCUGACUCGAAUAAGCAAGAGAACAGAAGAAUCUGUACAAGAAACUUUGGCAGCUGCUAUACCCAAAAUUAUGGCAUCUUUUGGCAACUUUGCAAAUGACAAUGAAAUUAAGGUUUUAUUAAAAGCUUUCAUAGCUAAUCUCAAGUCAAGUUCUCCUACAAUACGGCGAACAGCAGCUGGAUCAGCAGUGAGCAUCUGCCAGCAUUCAAGGAGGACACAGUAUUUUUAUACCUGGUUACUUAAUGUACUUUUAGGCUUACUAGUUCCUGUUGAGGAGGAGCAUUCUACUCUUUUUAUUCUUGGAGUUUUGCUCACAUUGAGGUAUUUAAUUCCCUUGCUCCAACAGCAAGUCAAGGACAUGAGUUUGAAAGGGAGCUUUGGUGUCACUAGAAAAGAAACUGAAGUCUCACCUUCUGCAGACCAGCUCAUCCAGGUAUAUGAAUUGACUUUGCAUUACACCCAGCACCAAGAUCACAAUGUUGUAACUGGAGCAUUAGAAUUAUUGCAACAACUUUUUAAAACACCUCCAGCUGAGCUUCUUCAAGCCCUGACCACUUCGGGUGGUAUUGGACAGGUCAAUGUGACCAAAGAAGAGUUUACUAGCAGAAGUCGCAGUGGAAGUAUUGUGGAACUUAUAGCUGGAGGGGGGUCUUCAUGCAGCCCUGUUCUUUCAAGAAAACAAAAAGGUAAAGUGCUCUUAGGAGAAGAAGAAGGUUUAGAAGAUGACCCAGAAUCAAGGUCUGAAGUUAGCAGCACAGCAUUUGCAGCCUCAAUGAAGAGUGAAAUUACAGGUGAAUUGGCUUCUUCAUCAGGUGUAUCUACUCCUGUCUCCACAAGUUCUGCUGCUGAUUCCACAGGUCAUGAUAUCAUCACUGAGCAGCCCAGGUCACAACAUACUUUACAGUCAGAUCCUGUUGAUCUGGCUGGCUGUGACUUGACAAGUGCAGCCACAGAUGGGGAUGAAGAGGAUAUGCUUAGUCGCAGUUCAAGCCAAAUCAGUGCUGUCCCUUCUGAUCCUACUAUGGACAUGAAUGAUGGGACCCAGGCUUCAUCACCAAUUAGUGAUAGUUCACAGACAACUACAGAAGGUCCAGAUUCGGCUGUGACUCCUUCAGACAGUUCUGAAAUUGUAUUAGAUGGAACUGAAAGCCAGUAUUCAGGAAUGCAAAUUGGACAAUUACAGGAUGAAGAUGAUGAAUCAUCAAAUGUUCUUCCUGAUGAGACUGCAGACAAUUUCAGAAACUCUACUAUUGCACUUCAGCAGCCCCAUCUCCUGAAAAACACAGGUCAUAGCAGACAACCAUCUGACAGCAGUGUUGACAGAUUUUUGUCAAAAGAUGAAACUGUGGAGCCGGGUGAUCAUGAAAAUAAGCCUUCUAGAAUAAAAGGAGAUAUCGGACACUUUACUGAUGCUGAUUUGCCACCUCUAGUCCAUUGUGUUCGGUUGUUAUCUGCUUCCUUUUUGCUGACUGGAGAAAAAGGUGCAUUAGUUCCAGAUAGAGAGGUAAGGGUAAGUGUGAAGGCUUUGGCAGUAAGUUGUGUUGGAGCAGCUGUGGCCCUUCAUCCAGAAUCUUUCUUCAGCAAACUUUACAAAACGCCUCUUGAGACCAUGGAGCACCCCGAGGAUCAGUAUGUUUCAGAUAUUUUGAACUAUAUUGAUCAUGGAGACCCACAGAUUCGAGGAGCUACUGCUAUCCUUUGUGGGACCAUUAUCUAUUCCAUUCUUAAUAAAUCUCGUUUCAGUGUGGAAAACUGGUUAGCAGUUGUCAGGAGUUCAACAGGUAAUACCUUUUCACUAGUAGACUGCAUCCCUUUAUUGCAGAAAACUUUGAAAGAUGAGUCUUCUGUUACCUGCAAGCUGGCUUGCACUGCUGUGAAGCAUUGUGUCAUGAGUUUAUGCAACAGUUGCUAUAGUGAAUUAGGAUUACAAUUGAUCAUUGAUGUCUUGACUCUGAGAAAUAGUUCCUACUGGUUGGUAAGAACAGAACUUUUGGAAACUCUUGCAGAAAUUGACUUUAGGUUAGUGAGCUUUUUGGAGGCAAGAGCAGACCAUUUACACAAGGGAUCUCAUCAUUAUACUGGGCUUUUAAAACUGCAGGAUCGAGUGCUCAAUAAUGUUGUCAUCUACUUACUUGGAGAUGAAGAUCCCCGGGUGAGGCAUGUUGCUGCAUCUUCAUUAAUAAGGCUUGUUCCAAAGUUAUUUUAUAAUUGUGACCAAGGACAGACCGAUCCAGUUGUGGCAGUGGCAAGGGACCAAAGCAGUGUUUACCUGAAACUUCUAAUGCAUGAGACUCAGCCUCCCUCUCACUUUUCAGUCAGCACUAUCACAAGAAUAUACAGAGGCUACAACUUGCUACCAAACAUAACUGAUGUAACUAUGGAGAAUAAUCUUUCUAGAGUUAUUGCAGCAGUUUCGCAUGCCCUGACAAUAUCAACUACACGAGCACUUACAUUUGGCUGUUGUGAAGCUUUGUGUAUUCUUUCUACUGCCUUUCCAGUCUGCAUUUGGAGUCUAGGGUGGCAUUGUGGGGUUCCUGUAGCGAGUCCCUCAGAUGACUCGAGGAAGAGCUGUACAGUUGGAAUGGCUACAACCAUUCUUACCCUGUUGUCCUCAGCCUGGUUUCCCCUGGAUUUGUCAGCACAUCAAGAUGCGAUCAUUUUAGCUGGGAAUUUGCUUGCAGCUAGUGCCCCCAAAUCUUUGAAAAGUCCAUGGACUACAGAAGAUGAAACCAAUCCAGGAGCUAUGAAACAAGAAGAGCCAUGGCCAGCUUUGGCAGAUAGAACAUUGGUUACAAUGGUAGAGCAGCUCUUCUCUCAUUUGCUGAAAGCCAUUAACAUCUGUGCCCAUGUUUUGGAUGAUGUUACUCCUGGGCCAGCAAUAAAGGCAGCCUUACCAUCUCUAACCAACCCACCUUCUUUAAGUCCAAUCCGUCGGAAAGGAAAAGAAAAAGAAUCAGGAGAGCAGACUGUACCAUUGAGUCCCAAAAAAGGCAAUGAAGCUAGUCCAGCUUCUAGGUCUUCUGAUCCCUCUGGUCCUGCCAUAACAAGUAAAUCAUCAUCAUUGGGAAGUUUCUAUCAUCUUCCUUCUUAUCUCAAGUUAUAUGACGUUCUAAAAGCUACACAUGCUAAUUAUAAGGUUACAUUGGAUCUUCAGAAUAGCAAUGAAAAAUUUGGGGGGUUUCUUCGGGCUGCCUUGGAUGUCCUUUCACAGAUUCUUGAACUAGCAACUCUGCAGGAUAUUGGCAAGUGUGUUGAAGAAAUCUUGGGAUACCUGAAAUCCUGUUUCAAUCGAGAACCUACAAUGGCUACUGUUUGUGUUCAACAGUUGUUGAAGACUCUGUUUGGGACAAAUCUGGCAUCACAGUAUGAUGGCUUAUCAUCCAAACCCAGCAAAUCUCAAGGAAAAGCCCAGCGUUUGGGUUCUUCUAGUUUGCGUCCUGGCCUUUAUCAUUAUUGCUUCAUGGCACCAUAUACACAUUUUACACAGGCCUUGGCUGAUGCUAGUUUGAGGAAUAUGGUCCAGGCAGAACAAGAACAUGAUACUUCUGGGUGGUUUGAUGUGCUCCAGAAAGUGUCUACGCAGUUGAAAACCAAUCUUACAAAUGUAACAAAACACCGUGCAGAUAAGAAUGCUAUUCACAAUCAUAUUCGUUUGUUUGAGCCUCUUGUCAUCAAGGCUUUAAAACAGUACACCACAACAACAUCUGUGCAAUUGCAGAGGCAGGUUCUAGAUUUACUGGCGCAACUGGUUCAAUUACGAGUUAACUACUGUCUUCUGGAUUCUGAUCAGGUGUUUAUUGGAUUUGUGUUAAAGCAGUUUGAAUACAUUGAAGUUGGCCAGUUUAGGGAAUCAGAGGCAAUUAUUCCGAACAUCUUUUUCUUCUUAGUAUUGUUGUCUUAUGAGCGCUAUCACUCAAAGCAGAUCAUUGGAAUUCCUAAAAUCAUUCAACUUUGUGAUGGCAUCAUGGCCAGUGGGCGAAAAGCUGUAACACACGCCAUACCAGCUCUGCAGCCCAUAGUUCAUGAUCUCUUUGUAUUAAGAGGAACAAACAAAGCAGAUGCUGGAAAAGAGCUCGAGACACAAAAAGAGGUGGCUGUGUCCAUGUUAUUAAGACUUAUUCAGUACCAUCAGGUAUUAGAGAUGUUCAUCCUGGUCCUACAGCAGUGUCACAAGGAGAAUGAAGACAAAUGGAAGAGAUUAUCUCGACAAGUAGCUGACAUCAUUCUCCCAAUGUUAGCAAAACAACAGAUGCAUAUUGAUUCUCAUGAAGCCCUUGGAGUAUUGAACACUUUAUUUGAAAUAUUAGCUCCUUCAUCCCUCCGUCCUGUUGACAUGCUUUUACGAAGUAUGUUUAUUACUCCCAAUACAAUGGCAUCAGUGAGUACUGUUCAAUUGUGGAUAUCAGGCAUCUUAGCUAUUCUGAGAGUGCUUAUAUCCCAGUCAACUGAAGACAUUGUUCUUUCCCGGAUUCAGGAACUCUCUUUUUCUCCUUAUUUAAUCUCAUGUCAAGUAAUUAAAAAAUUAAGAGAUGGAGGUAGUAGCUUGCCAACACCAGAUGAUCAAAGUGAAGUGAAACAAGUCAAAUGUUUGCCAGAAGAAACAUUUUCUAGAUUCCUUUUACAGCUGGUGGGCAUUCUUCUGGAGGAUAUUGUCACAAAGCAGCUUAAAGUGGAGAUGACUGAACAACAGCACACGUUCUAUUGCCAAGAACUGGGCACCCUGCUGAUGUGCCUGAUACACAUCUUCAAGUCAGGAAUGUUCAGGAGAAUCACUGCAGCUGCAACUAGACUCUUUACAGGAGAUGGUUCUGAUGGCAGUUUUUAUACCUUGGAAAGCCUGAGUGAACUGGUCCGGUCUAUGAUUCCUACACAUCCUUCUUUAGUGCUCCUGUGGUGUCAGAUUCUCCUCCUUGUCAACUAUACCAACUAUAACUGGUGGUCCGAAGUGCAUCAGACACCAAAAAGGCACAGUCUUUCCAGUACAAAGCUCCUCAGCCCUCAGAUGUCUAGUGAUGGCGAGGAUUCCCACGUGGCAUCUACACUUGGCGUGUGCAAUAGAGAAAUAGUACGAAGAGGCGCACUCAUUCUUUUCUGUGAUUAUGUUUGUCAGAACCUUUAUGAUUCAGAACAUUUAACUUGGCUUAUUGUGAAUCAUAUUCAAGAUUUGAUCAGUCUCUCCCAUGAGCCUCCAGUACAAGACUUUAUUAGUGCAGUCCACAGGAAUUCAGCUGCUAGUGGACUUUUCAUCCAGGCCAUUCAGUCUCGCUGUGAAAACCUUUCAUCUCCAACAACGCUGAAGAAGACCCUGCAGUGCUUAGAGGGCAUUCAUCUCAGCCAGUCGGGGGCUGUGCUCAUGUUGUAUGUGGACAAGCUUUUGUGUACGCCAUUCCGCGUGCUGGCUCGAAUGGUAGACACGCUUGCUUGUCGGCGAGUAGAAAUGCUUUUGGCUGCCAAUUUACAGAAUAGCAUGUCACAGUUACCUGUGGAAGAGCUGAAUAGAAUUCAAGAGUAUCUUCAAAAAAGUGGAUUAGCUCAGAGACAUCAAAGACUCUAUUCCCUGCUGGACAGGUUUCGUCGUACAGUAGCACCAGAGACAGCUAGUCCUUCUCCUGUAGUCACUUCACACCCCCUGGAUGGGGAAAAUCAUUUAUCACUAGAGAUGAUAAAUCCAGACCAAGACUGGUAUGUAUCUCUGGUUAAAUCUCAGUGUUGCACUAAGUCAGACUCAGCACUGCUGGAAGGUGCAGAGCUGGUAAAUAGGAUUCCUCCAGAUGAACUGGCCCCCUUCAUGAUGAGUAAGGAGUUCAACUUAUCCCUCUUAGCUCCUUGUUUAAGUCUUGGCAUCCGUGAGAUCUCUAGUGGUCAGAAAAGCAGCCUAUUUGAGACAGCCCGGUCAGUGACCCUGGACCGUGUGGCCAGCCUGGUGAAGGAGCUUCCACCCAACCAUCAUGUUUUUGAGCCUCUUUUACCCAUUGAGACUUCAGCCUAUUGGAAUCAACUAAGUGAUCUCUUUGGAAAUGCUGUGAUUUAUCACUCAAUUACUACACUGGCCUGUGCCCUUGCUCAGUACUUAGUACUCUUUUCUAAGUUACCAAGUCAUCUUCAACUUCCCCCUGAGAAAGAGAGUGAUGUUCUAAAAUUUGUCGUUGUGGCACUUGAGGCCCUAUCUUGGCACUUAAUACAUGAACAGAUGCCAUUAAGUAUGGAUCUACAGGCAGUUCUGGAUUGUUGCUGUCUAACUUUGCAUCUACCUGGUCUUUGGAAUAUGUUGUCAUCAAUAGAGUAUGUCACCCACGUGUGUUCCCUAAUACACUGUAUUCGUUUUAUUCUAGAAGCAAUUGCAGUUCAACCUGGAGACCAACUUCUUAGUCCAGAAAGAAGGAAGAAUACUCCAAGAGGAAUCAGUGAAGAUGAAGUUGAUUCAGAUGUGCAAGUUCCCAAGUAUAUUACCACUGCUUGUGAAAUGAUCGCAGAAAUGGUGGCAGCAUUACAGACUGUGUUGGCUUUGGGUCACAAGAGAAACAGUGGAAUUCCAGCUUUCCUUACUCCUGUACUGAAAAACAUUAUCAUCAGCCUUGCUAGGCUGCCACUGGUCAAUAGCUAUACUAGAGUGCCUCCGUUGGUAUGGAAAUUAGGAUGGUCACCUAAACCCGGAGGAGAUUUUGGCACAACACUUCCUGAAAUACCUGUAGAAUUUCUUCAAGAAAAGGAGAUCUUUAAAGAGUUCAUCUAUCGUAUUAAUACCUUAGGUUGGACAAGUCGUACGCAGUUUGAAGAAACCUGGGCUACUCUCCUUGGUGUCCUUGUAACUCAGCCUAUUGUGAUGGAUCAGGAAGAAAGUCAACAGGAAGAAGAUACUGAGAGGACCCAGAUCAAUGUUCUUGCAGUUCAAGCUAUCACAUCCUUGGUGCUGAGUGCAAUGACCCUUCCUGUCGCAGGCAAUCCCGCUGUGAGCUGUUUGGAGCAACAGCCCCGGAACAAAGCCCUUAAAGCCCUGGAUACAAGGUUUGGGAGGAAACUGAGUGUUAUUAGGGGAAUUGUUGAACAAGAAAUUCAAGCAAUGGUUUCAAAGAGAGACAACAUUCCCACACAUCACUUGUACCAGGCUUGGGAUCCUGUCCCAUCUCUGUCUCCAGCUAUGUCAGGUACUCUUAUCAGCCAUGAAAAACUUCUGCUGCAGAUCAACACUGAACGAGAAAUGGGGAACAUGAGUUAUAAUCUAGGACAGGUCUCUAUACACUCUGUGUGGCUGGGAAAUAAUAUUACCCCAUUGAGAGAAGAAGAAUGGGAUGAAGAUGAAGAAGAUGAGAGUGAUCUUCCUGCCCCUUCUUCACCCCCAACAUCUCCAAUAAACUCCAGGAAACACCGGGCUGGAGUUGAUAUACAUUCUUGUUCGCAGUUUUUGCUUGAAUUAUACAGUCAGUGGAUACUCCCUUCAAGUUCAGCCAAAAGAACCCCAGUCAUUUUGAUCAGUGAAGUAGUGAGAUCUCUCCUGGCAGUCUCAGACUUGUUUACGGAGAGGAAUCAAUUUGAAAUGAUGUACUUAACACUGACAGAGCUUCGAAGGGUGCAUCCUUCUGAAGAUGAAAUCCUCCUUCAGUAUUUAGUACCAGCUACUUGUAAAGCAGCUGCUGUUCUGGGAAUGGAUAAAGCUGUGGCGGAGCCAGUGAGCAGACUGUUGGAGACCACACUCCGAAGCACCCAUUUGCCAAGCAAGAUUGGAGCACUGCAUGGCAUCCUCUAUGUGCUCGAAUGUGACUUACUUGAUGAAACAGCAAAGCAGCUCAUUCCAAUUAUCAGUGAUUACCUCCUUUCUAAUCUGAGAGGAAUUGCUCAUUGUGUGAAUCUGCACAGCCAGCAGCAUGUCCUGGUGACCUGUGCUGCUGCCUUCUACCUUAUGGAGAAUUAUCCCCUGGAUGUAGGCCCAGAGUUUUCUGCUGCAGUGAUACAGAUGUGUGGGGUGAUGCUCUCUGCCAGUGAAGAAUCCACUCCAGCCAUUAUUUAUCAUUGUGUCCUGAGAGGUUUGGAACGACUUCUUCUUUCAGAGCAGCUCUCCAGGCUGGAUGGAGAAUCCUUAGUUAAACUCAGCGUUGACCGAGUGAAUGUGCACAGUCCUCACCGAGCCAUGGCAGCCCUGGGCUUGAUGUUAACUUGCAUGUACACAGGGAAGGAGAAAAUAAGCCCUGGCAGACCCUCCGAUCCCAACCCCACUGCCCCAGACAGUGAGUCGGUUAUUGUUGCAAUGGAGCGGGUAUCUGUUCUCUUUGAUAGGAUCAGGAAAGGAUUUCCCUGUGAAGCCAGAGUGGUGGCACGGAUCCUGCCUCAGUUUCUAGAUGAUUUUUUCCCUCCCCAGGAUGUAAUGAAUAAAGUUAUUGGAGAAUUUCUGUCAAACCAGCAGCCAUACCCACAAUUCAUGGCAACUGUUGUAUAUAAGGUGUUUCAGACGUUGCACACCACAGGACAAUCAUCUAUGGUCCGAGACUGGGUGAUGCUCUCCCUCUCAAACUUCACUCAGAGGACCCCAGUGGCAAUGGCUAUGUGGAGUCUCUCCUGCUUUUUCGUCAGUGCUUCCACUAGUCAGUGGGUCUCAGCAAUCCUUCCGCACAUCAUCAGCAGGAUGGGGAAGUCGGAACAAGUGGACAUUAAUCUUUUCUGUCUGGUGGCCAUAGACUUUUACAGACAUCAAAUAGAUGAGGAGCUAGAUCGGAGGGCCUUUCAGUCUGUGUUUGAGGUGGUAGCAUCUCCAGGAAAUCCCUACCACCGACUGCUGACUUGUUUGCAAAAUGUCCACAAGAUUGCAACAUGUUGAAAGUUCGAUGGCGCUGGACAUUGCGGGGAUUGGUAGCUUGGGCUGGAGUCCAGUGUGGACAUAAGGCAAAACGGGAGGACCCUGAUUUCACCUUGGAUGGGAGUUGGGGAGAGGUCAAGUAAAAAAAAGUGGAUCUGUGGGUUUCAUGAUUCUCCCAUGCCAGUGUUUGCGUCUCUUUCACAUUAUAACAGAAGUGCUUGUUUGCAAUGGGGUGGCCAUGAUAAAGGGACAUCAUUCACACGUCUUGGGUAAUAUUUGGGAUUGAGAUAGAGUUUUUACAAAAACAAAAAGCAAAGCCACAACAGCUGUUUUUGUUAAUUCUGUAUGAUAUGGGCUAGUACUCCAUGCAAAGUAACCAGGUAUCUCUAUAUUUUUCUAAGUGUUCAACCUGUUCAGUGUCAGUGGUUUGCAACUGAUCCUGAAUCUUUGACAGAAGUACUUCCUUCAUGCAGGUUACUGACACUGGACACUUUCACAUUUUUAUGUAGCUAUUAUCUGGUAUAAUCAAGCUUUAGAAAGUGUUUCCUAAUGUCUCUCUCAAGCAGAAAGGAAAAGGAAAUCCCAUUUCCAUGAUUAAUACUCCCAGCAUGUAAUCCCCUUCUCUUGGACUUUGGUAGACUGUGGUGUGGGGAGGUAUAAGGGAGGGGGAUUUGACCCACACACACAGCCAUGAUAUUUUUUUUCCUUUUUUCUUCUCAGGAUUUAAAAUUUGAGUAUAUCAGUAAAGAGAUUAAUUUUAACUUAAAUAUUUCUAUAUCCAUGUAAAAAGUAUGUACAAUUGUAAAAUCUGUACUGCAUGAUGGGCUGAUUAGAAGCCACUUGCCUGAAUGUUGUUACUGCUCCUGUAUUGUCCUUGCUUUCUCCCUGGGUGCAUCAUCUCCCCUUCAUUUUUCAGCCAUCCUAACGUACGAGUCACAUUUUGUUUCAGCUAGACACAAGUGGAACCUCAAGAGUUUGUGUUUGGAGGACUGCAUUCAGAUCAUCCAAAAUCGUUUUCCUCACAGCUCAUGAAAACCUGCCCUCACACACAGAUGAAGUCCCAGAGCUUAGUGGAACUUUCUGUUCAUAGCAGCUGCUCUUGAUGGUUUUCUUUGACCCAGUUUUCUUUAGGCAAAGAUGUCUCCAACCCUCUCCUCCUGGUCCCCUGGCCCCCCGGCUUUCCAAUGACUGACAAAUUCUGUUGCUCUUUAAGAGUAGUGGCAAAGGUCCAUUUGUAUAGAAGCAGCCAAGAAACAAUCUCCUUGGUCUGUUGAGUUAACAGUUCAAGCCCACUCAGGAUUAGGGCUUUGCCUUCUUAGCUUUGAUUACUUAAUUAAUGAUCUGUUUUCCAUCUCAGGGUGUGGGGUACCCACAAAGGCUCCACCAGUAUCUAGGCUAUCUCAUUUCUUUAGUAUAAGUCUGUCUUGUCUCCUGGUGUCUUUGCUAUAUUUAACUCUUUAUUACACUUUUUCUGAGCAUCUUUAGGGAAGGAGCAAACUUUGUUUUUUUACUACUUCCUGUCAUCAACAUCUAUACACAUUUCGGAUCUGGUCCAAAUGUAACCACAAGCAUAUUCUCAUUUUAUUUUGUAUGGUUUAAAGAAUAAAGUAGGGGUUUGGACUUUAUUAAAAGCAGCACCAAAGUCAUGAGCCAAAGAGGUUAUCCACAAAGACUGGACACAGUAAUUGUUCAUAAAUGUUUUGAGAUUUUGGGGAUGGGGGAAAUGUUAAUCUGUCUGGCUGUUUAUUAGGAUAAUUCCAUUUCAUCUUACUUGGAUCAGAUUUCUCUUUGUGGCCAUAAUAGCCAUAUUGUUUUAUUAAAGUGCAUCUAGGAAGGAUUUACUGACCUGGCAUAGAGUUGUAGGUUUAGAAUUGUGGUGUUAUUUGUUUUUUUUAUUGUUAUUUUUAUUUGUAAGGAUCAGUGGUGUAUUUGAUUGAAUGACUGACGAAUAUACUGAUUUUUCCUCCAUUUGAGGCAAAGAAUUCCUCAUGGCUGUUCCUACUCAUUCCUGCUAUGGUAGCGAGUUGUCCUGAACUCCAGACUUCAGUUAGUUCUUUCACAUUUAUGACAGUUUAAAUGGAACUAGUAGUAUCAUAAUCUCUUCCAUAGUUUUGAGGAAGAACUUAGAGUACCUUGCUUUUAGUUAACCUUACAAUAAUAUACCCUGAAAUAACACUUAAUAGGUUUCUUUUUUUUUUUUUUUUUGCUGAGGCAAUUGAGUUUAAGUGACUUAGCUAGGGUCACACAGGCAGGAAAUGUUAAGUGUACUCUAUGCAAAGUAACCAGGAAGUAACCUGAAGUCAUGCUCUAUCCACUGCACCACCUAGCUGCCCUACUUAAUAGGUUUCUAGGCCAUAUAAGGGGCUCUACUUCAAGCUGAUUUUAGAAGCUGAGAGACCUUCAGACUGAAACUAUCUCAAAUAUGCACAAAACUGACUCCUGCUCUGGGAUGUCAGGCUCUGAGUGAUGGCCCUACGACCCACCUCAUCCUCCCUUCAAUCAUUUCCCUACUAAAAGAGCCUCCUUCUAUUUGGCAUACCAGUAGUACCAGCUGUCCCUUGCCCUGUUCUAACAUUUAAAGAAGGAAAGUCUCUUCUAAGAGUCUAAAAAGAAAAACACUCAAGCUUUUGAGUAGUUCAUAUCAGGCCUUUUCCCCUCCCAGUGAAACAUCUUUAUCAAAUCAAGACUCAUGUUGUUUUCCUGUGUGUGGUAACUGGAGAAUGAUGGUGGUGCACACUAUUAAGUAUUGUGUGGGGCUUUUUUUUCCCCUUUUAAUUUUAACAGCAGCCCUUAAGGCAGGAGAAUAACUUCUCCCCUGUUAGUUUUGGUCUCCCACUUGGCAGACAUGCUUUCCCCAUAAAAAACCAACGUUAAGUAGUUGUGAAAAGUCAUAAUAAUUAUGAAUAUUGGCAAAGUUUUAGGAAAGAAGGCUUAUGAAUCUUUGGGGCCCUUCAUGUUUGGUCACUGCUUUCUCAUUUAAAAAGUAUAGAACUCAACAUUUAUGCUGACUUAAAUAUUUAAAUUCUCCCAUAAUAAUAUUGGCGAUUUUUGAAGUAAUGCAAUUUAGAAAUUUCCCCCUAACUGGAAUUAAAAUUAUAUGUGCCCAUUCUGGAUAGUAAGUGAUUUUGUCCUUUUAUUUUCUCCUGACAGAAUUAAGAAUAAAACCAUUCACGUUGGUUCUUGAACCACGUUUUUCACCAGUAGCACUAAAAACAUCAGGAAAAAACCCAUAAGUAUCAUGACUGAAGUCCAUGGGAAGAAAUUUACUUUUUGAAUAUCCUAAACACACACAGAAAGAUGAGUCCAACUAGCCAUACACACUGUUGUUUAUCUUAGAGUUAUGAAGCAGAAUCUCUUUUUAUCUGCUGUGUCAAACUUGGUUAUAUAUAAUUGAGCAGCUGUUAGAAAAGUGGGACUUAAUUUCAUAUUAAAAACCUACUUGGGGGAAAACAGCCUGACAAAUCAAAUUUCUGGAAGGAAAAAUACACCUGGAUUUAUUAAGUUCCAGAUAUUUAAAGCAGAUAUUCAAUCAAAAUAAGUUUCAAUAAAAAUCAUUUACCUCAUAAUAUCCUCACUUUUUUUCCUAUGGAAAAUAAUGAGAAAUAGAGUGUAUUGAGAAUUAGGUAGAAUGUUGCAGAAGUAAAUUAAAUAUACCUGUUUGCAAAGGACAUUCCUUCCUUUCCAAUGUGAUCUGGCUAAUUUCUGAGGUUUCUUACUACCAGGACUAAAGAGCUUUCUCCUACUAAUUGCAAAUACAUUCUCCCUUCCACCACCUCCCUCAUCCUCCACUCAUUUUACCUUUAUGUUGGCAAAUCCAUUCUUUAUAGAGAAUAGAAUUAACAUGAAAAGCUUCCUGUCAUUGUCAACAGGAAUACAGAGCAGAGCAAAGCACCAUGACUAAACUCAGAAUCUACCUAACAAGAAGUCAUUUAAUUAGUCAUCUCAUAGCCUUCAAAAUCAUUUGUAUUGAGUAAGCCCUUCCUGCCAGGGCAUCAAAAUGAACUUUAUUUCAUGCCAGAUUAUAAGACACAAUGGCCCUGGUAAAAACCAUUUUGUUUGCUGAACUGAGAAAUGUGCUCAGGUGUGAUGAAUUAUAAAUAUAGCAAUAUCUUUUCACUCACAAUCCUCUACAAAUUUCAGAUCUUUUCUGUUUUGACAGACACCUCUUUCUUCUCCCACCUCCACCCCCCCCCCCCCCAACUAUGACUAAAACGCCCUAGGCUUUGAAAGUCCUUACUGUGCAACACAGCUGGAAAAAAAAAAAUCACCCUGACUGAGUGAGCUGAAUGUGACUCUGGGAGGUACUAAUUUUUGUAUAAUAGGAAAAUGCUGGGGGGGAGAUGGCAGGCUGGGAUGAGGCCAUUUUGUUGGCUGCCAUUUUGAAUUUGGGCUAUUGAUAGUUGUUAAGGUGGGAAAGGGAAAUGUUGGCAACUCCCAGCUGGUGGACUCAGCAGUCUGAUGAAGCAGGAGUUCCCACCAGAUCCCUGAAGUUGACUUGAAGAAGGUAGAUUCUACAAAGACCACUUUGUAAGCUCCUCUUCAGGCAGGCUCUGUUGCUUACCAGCUAUUCUUACCCUGGAAGGAAGCUGUGGGUGAAUUAUUGGGUGAGUUUCAGCCGGAAUUAGAAUGAGCUGGGACGCCUCCCCCUAUCCUUCCUCCCCCCCACUCCUUGAGAAUGGAGUCAGCCAGUAUCUUUCAUGUGGGAAGGCAGUUUCUUUGGGGUAUUUUACCCCCUCCUCUGCUUGUAUGGAUGGGCUUCUCUGUAUUUCCAUCAGCUCUUGCCCACAGAACAAGCCACUUGAUGGGCAGGAGCUCGGUCGUCUGAUCAUCAGUGUCCUGUGACAUCCCCAUCCUUAGAACCAAGAGGGCUGUGAUGGGUGAGACCUGGAGCCCCUACAUGUGUAGCUGUGCCCAUUGAAUAGAGAAAAUAUUUAAUUUAGACAUAUGUUCACAUUUUGAAAACCGCUGAAAAUAUUGCACAUUUAAGUGAAAGAGAAUAAAAUUUAAAUUGUUGCUGUAA